AUGGACCCCGAAACCGCUAAACAAUUUAUUCCUGAGCCGUCCUUUUUUAAUUACAAAUCAGAAGAUGCUAUUGUUUAUGCUUUAGGAAUUGGUGCCACCACAAAAGAAGAAUUACACUUCAUUUAUGAGGGGCAUCCAGAAUUUCAAGUCUUCCCUACAUUUGUGGUAGUUCCCGGCUUUUUAGCCCAAACUAGUAAUGCAAGUGACUGGCCUGGCGCUAAUUUGGAUUUUAGCCGUCUUCUUCAUGGAGAACAUUAUAUUGAACUGUUUAAUUCAAUUCCUGCAGAUGGGGGCAAAUUAAGAACGGAAACUAGGGUUCUUGAUAUUUUAGAUAAAGGAAAGGCUGCUUUAAUUAUUAAAGAAGUUACAACUUAUGAUUGUCAAACUAUUGAGAAAUUGGCAGUCCAAGAAUUUGGUAUUUUUCUAACAGGAGCGGGUGGUUUCGGGGGCAACCGCACAUCGCCUUAUGAACGUAAAUCGCCUCCAUUUCUAGAAAGACCACCAGAUACAAUUUUAGAAGAUCGAAUACAUCCUGAUCAGGCAGCCCUUUACCGUAUCGGCUCUGGUGAUCUAAAUCCUUUACAUAUCGACCCAGACUUUGCCCAAAUAGCUGGCUUUUCUACCCCGAUACUUCACGGGCUCUGUUCUCUUGGUUUUGCUACUCGCCUUGUUUUGCGUGUUUAUGGCAAUAAACAAGCCAAGAAUUUGCGUUCAGUUCGUUGUCGUUUUUCUUCCCCUGUAAUUCCUGGACAGACUUUGAUUGUGGAAAUGUGGCAGAACCAAAAACAAAUUUUGUUUACUGCAAAGGUAGAAAUUCGUAAAAUUGUAAGGGGCCCGAAAAACGAUGAGAACAAAAAUCAUUAUGAACUUACAAAUUGUGUUUUGUAAUUUUGUAACGCUCAAUGUAGUUAGAAUAAUUCGCGAACUUAAAAAUAAAUAAACUUGAAAAAACUUGAGUACUCGUUUGAAAACACAAAAAAAUACAAAUAUAAACUUAAGAAAAUAAACUUGAAUCCAAUUUGCAAGCUUAAAAAUAAUAAAUA